AUGCCUCCUCGAAGACGACCUCAAUUUACUCAGGAAAGCAUCGACCAGCAGUUGCAACAAAUCCAUCUCCUUGAUCAAUCCUCUACGUCAGAGAACCUCGAGCAACUGGGGCCCAUCAUUAAGCAGAUUCAUACCAAUAGGCAACAAGAUGCAUACCUCCGAACUCUCCAGACGCUCAUUGAAUCCAAGGACGCAGAAAUUGAGACUAUAUGCAGUGACAAUUACCAAGAAUUCAUUAGCUCGGUGUCCACCCUCUUCUCCGUCAAAUCCUAUACUACGAAUCUGCGCGACACGAUCACCAGUCUCGAUGCAGGAGUAGAACAAGUCGGCCGCGGGCUCGUCGAAAAGAAACGGGCCUUGCUACAGUCCAAAAAGACCGCAGCCAAUUUGGACGAGGGCAUUGAUACCCUUCAGGCGUGUCUGCGCGUGUUGGAUGUCGUGAACCGGGUAGGAGAGAUGAUCAGAGAGGGCAAGUAUUGGAGUGCUUUACGGUCUCUAGAAGACAUUGAGAAUAUGCCACCGACAUCAUUAUCGCAGACCCCGCUCUUGCAACAUUUGCUGUCCUCUUUACCAUCAUUACGCGGUCAGAUUAAGGACGCUGUGACAGCAUCCGUCAAGCAGUGGCUCCUUGACGUCAGAAACGCCAGCUCUCAAGUUGGAGGACUUGCGCUAGAUGCAAUGGAAUCACGUACCAGGAAAUGGAGAAGUAGGAGAGAGAAAGAUCCUCUGCUCAAGCUGAGUCGUGUCGGCAGCGCUGUCGAGAUUGUUACCAACGAGAAGACAGAAUACAAUGUUUUGGACAACGAGCAUCUUUACGUGGACUUCAAGCCUUUAUACGAAUGUAUUCAUAUAUACAGUGCACUGGAUUCCCUUGAUGAAAUUCGCAGAUCCUAUCAAGCAGACCGAAAGGCCCAAUCAGAUCUCAUUCUCCCCGAUAUACUGCCAUUAUCAUCUUUACCUCAAGUCACUCAGGAGAUCGUAGGAUUCUUCAUUAUCGAGACGCAUGUACUGAACACGACAGGGAGCUUCCGGUCUCAGCGCGAUGUUGAGGAUCUCUGGGAUGCUCUUAUGAGACGUGUUGGUAUGUCAGUCGACAACGCCCUCAGGAAUGAGAACGACGCAGAUGCGUUUCUGGCUGUGAAGGAAUGUCUACUUAGUUUCAUCAUGACCUUGGAAUCGUACUCUUAUUCUACUGAAACCCUGCAUUCCUUCAUUCUGCACCUAUUCGAGCGCUAUGUAGCAAUAUUGGAACGAAAAUUCGCGCAGCGCUUUGAAUCGAUUGUCUCACAGGAUGACUGUCUGCCGAUGUACGUAGAAACUACGGCAGAGCGAGACGGUGUAUUGAACACAGUUUGGCUCAACCUGGACGAGCGCCAACAAUUAGCCACGGCUACAUUGCCUCUCGCUCUCCCAUGGUCGCAAAGUUUUUAUUUGUGCUGUCAAGAUGUUCGCAAUUUCGUACAAAAUUUCUACCAAUUUUUAGAAGGUGUUUCACAACAUCAUCGAAACAUCGAUGACCUCUUAAGCCGGUCACUAGAUACCAUACUUUCCAAAUAUAUCAGCGAAAACAUCACACGACGCGCUCAAAAGACCUCUAACCUCUCACAGAUUGCUCAACUCGUCACCAACCUCGAGCAUUUCGUAGUUUCUUGCUCUGAAUUAGAGCGGUCACUAACGAACAUCCGCUCGUCUCAACGGGGAGGCACCAUUCGACUUAACGCAGCCACAUCGUUUUCUUCGGCGCUCACACGUACGCUUUCUCGCGUCUCCGCCUCAAUAUCCUCGAAACUCGAUGACUUCUUUGGAUUGUCUGAGUACGACUGGACGCCCGCCAGACGCGCUCAGUCGCCCAGCAUGUAUCUGAUCGAGUUGAUCAACUGGCUGACCACGGUGGUCGAUUCAUUGAUCAUAAAAGACGCAUACAAGGACGAAGCUUACAGAGGAGCGGCGAAUUACAUCGCAGAAUGCUUCGUGGAUUUCUUGACGGGUCGCAACGUUCCCAUGCUGAGCGAAAAUGCCAUCGCAAAUCUCGUCCUCGAUAUCGACUUCCUCGAAGAUGAGUUUAAGCGCAGCGGACACGCGCAUCUUAAUGCAUCGUUCCUUGAAUUGCGCUUGAUGUCAACCAUUGUCUUAGAGGACCAGGUACAGCAGUACCUCAUCCCUGCGGUGCGUCAAGCUUCUUACUCAGUCGUGCGGCCGAAACGCCUCCAAAAUCUGCUGGAGAAACUGGCAAGAUUCGGCGCUGAGCGCAGAGACGUCCCGUCGCGAGAACGAGGCGAGAGGCGGAGAAAAGAAGCAGAGGCCAUUGGUAGACUAUUCCCAGGAGAAGGUCGAUGA